AUGCUGCUGCGGGGCUGCUGGGUGCUGCUGCUGCUGCCGCUGCUGCCGCUGCUGUGCACCCCGGCCGCUGGGCUCCUCAGCUGGCUGGGCCUCGGCGCUGCUCCCCAGGAGGAGGUGGCGGUGGUGACCCCCCAGGCACUGCAGCCCAGCGGCCCCCCACCCGUCCCCUUUGAGAUGACGCUGGGGGACGAGCGGUUCCUGGCCGAAGCCGAGCGCUGGGACCCGUCGCCCCUGGACUCCUGCCAGCACCAGGUCGUGGCCCAGCUCCGCUCGUCCUGCGCCGACCUGAGCGAGGAGGAGGUGGCCAAGCUGGGGGUGGCUCUGUUCAACUGCCAGGCCAGCGCCGAGGGUCGUCGCACCUACCCCUGCGGCCUGGAUGUGCCGCUGGAGCGCUGCACGGCCGCCAUGGACCCCGACACCUGGACUGCCUACCACGUCGUCAGCAACCGGGCCCGCGCCGUCUGCUACGCCGCCCGGCAGCUGGAGUUCAGGCGCCGCACCGAGCGCGCCGUGGCCGCCCUCGCCGCCGCUGCCGCCAGCCAGCUCGAAGCCAUGCGGGCGCUGAAGGAGGAGCAGGCGGCGCUGCGGGAGCUGACGGCCGAGUCGCUGCAGCGGGCGCUGAGCGGGCAGCGGGAGCUGCUGGCGCAGCAGGAGAGGCUUCGGGGCAGCCAGGGCCAGAUGGAGACCUCCAUCCACAGCAGCCUGGAGCAGCUGGCGCAGGAGAAGGCCCUGCUUGCCACCUGGCAGCACCACAUAGCCCAGCUCGUGGAGGGCAUCACCGAGAAGAUGGAGAACAUGAGCCACCACCUGGCCGUGCAGGAUGAAGGGCUCCAGGAAGGGCACCGGACCGUCCUGACCGACCUCAGCCGAGCGCAGGAGAGAGCUCAGGACGUCUACUCCAAAAUCGAGAGCCACCUGGUCCUCUUCCUGGCCUACCAGAACCGAACGGCGCGGGGCUAUGAUGAGGUGGUGGGGAAACUGCAGAGGAUGAACCAGAGCUUGGAGCUGGCGCUGGCCGCCGUGGACAGCCUGCGGAGCCAACUGGAGAGCUGGCUGCAGCACAUCCGGGCCGUCCUCUCCUGGGCUGGGCUUGGCCCGAGUGCCGCCUCCACCUGCAUCCUGCACGGCGCCUACUUCCUGCUGCUGGCCCUGCUGCUGGCCUUCCUGCAGGCGCCCGCGCUGCCCCGCGCCGCCCUCCUGCUCCUCGUCAUCUCCAACGCUGCCCACCAGCUCCGCGGCGCCGGCUCCCUUGGCUUCCCGGCCCUCUCGGCUCUCCUGGGCCUCGUGGCGGCAGGGCACCGGCUGCUGGCGGCCACACGGUGCCGUGCCGCGGGAGCCCCGCUGCCGGCACUGUCCCUGGGCGCUGGGCAGCCCCACUGUCACCUCACCUCUACUCCCGAGAGGUAUGAGGCUUCCUUCUCACGCGGGGGUUUCGAAACAUGCCCGCUGCGGGACAGGCUGGAGCUGAGUUACCUGCAAGAGAGGUGUUUUAAACCCUUCAUUGGAUCUUCUGGAUCGCAGGGAUGA